GGGGGCAGAUCCCAGGAAAUCGGUUCAUGCCAGGCCGACGCCAGCGGCCCGUGGAUCCGUGAGRCCAUUCCCGGCGGGAUGAGGCUCCCGGUGUCCCUGUGGCUGCCGCUGGCCCUGGGGGUGGCCGCGGUGGCUGCGGGCCAGUCCCCGCUCCAGCGGCGCGUGGUCCGGGAUGUGCUGGAGUAUUUCCACGGGCGCAGCAACGUGCAUUUCCUCUUCAAGGAGCGGGAAGUGGACGGGGUCAUCGAGCGGGAGGACUCCUCGGGGACGUUUGUGCAGCUCCGGUUGGGCCUGGCACAGACGGCAUGUCGGAAGCGAGCGCCGCAGCGGCACUGCCGAGUGCUGGAGAGCCGGCGGAAGCCGACCUGCCUGGCCUGCUACAAGUUCGACAACAGUGACGUCCCCAAGGUGCUGGACAAGUACCACAACUGCGGCCCCAGCCAUUACCUGGCCGCCAAGGAGAUCCGGCAGCGGGAUGAGGCAGAGUGCCGGGCGGUGGAGGAGGCCGGGAAAGGGGGCGAUGCGCUGUACCUGCCUGGAAUGUUCGCCUUCUCCCGGGGACUGCCAGCCUAGGCACCACAGCACCGAUGGACACUGCCACGGCAGUCCCAGCCUCCUGCGCUUGUCACCCCCCAGCACCGCRUGACCAAGGAAGGUCCCGGACGUGUCCCCUGCUCCCACCUGUCCCCACUCCCCAGUAAACCCAGCACUGGCUCGGCUGUCAUGGCUCUUAUUCCCACCUGGCA